CUGGACGCUCCAAGACUUCGGUGCAAGAGCUGGAAAUUACGGACUUUGGAUACGCCAAUAGCAUUGUCUUUCUCUAGAACCGCCGACCGCAGAUUGUCGACAACCUCCACAGCUUGAGCACGGACAGUGUAACCCAUGGACAGCUUUGUUGGCAUCUAAGCUCGUCCGGUCAGCAGGCAUUCUGUGCAGCAAGAGCAACAGCAAAAGACUGGUUUUCGCGAGCGGUCACAGAUCAGUCCAUCACGCCAAUUGAUCACGCCUCACAGGAGACCAAACUAUCAUGAGUCAAAAUCCAUCCAACACCAGCAGCGAUCUUGAGAAUCAGCUGCGUGGCAUGAUACUCAGCAAUGUCACCAUCGCGGGUGGGCAGAACCAUUACGACGGCCAGCCAGGCCAGCAUCGAGGACGUGGUCGUGGCCGUGGCGGCUUCUAUCGUGGCUCUGGCCCCAAUCCUCGCGGCGGUUAUGCUCACCGCAACACCAGAGGCAACCAGUCAUGCGGCAUGAACAUGGCAUCUUCAUCCACGCGUGGUGGCGGGACUGACACCAACAACAACGAGACGGGCCCUCGCUCUCAACAACCGCACAACCACGCCUAUGCUCAGCACCGAAAUGAUGCCCCUCAUCCACAAAUUCUGCAGCGGCCACGAGGUGGGUUCAAUCAAACAGGGCAAGCGCCUCGGGGUGGUGGGCCUCAUCAGUAUCCCCGUCCGCAGUAUGCCCAGAGUGGCUAUCAGAACCAGCCGAGGAUUGAUUCGGCAACGCAGGUGCAGUUCAUGGAAGAGAUCGUCGAGCGUGAGCUUCCCAAAGUCGAAAUGACUGAGUUCGAGAUUUCAAAGCACGAAACGUUCAGGAAGGGCCUAGAAGCUAUCAUGCAGCAAGCCUUCGAUGAAAACGGAGGCGAAGACCUCGAUUACAUUAGAAACAUUUCUCUAGUAGCAUUCGGUAGUCUCGGCUCAGGUUUCGGUCUGCCCGGUUCAGACAUGGACCUUGCUGUGGUUCCUCAAUGGAGCGACCCUGCUCGAGCUGACGAGACGGACAUCGGUCCUAGGAUUCCUCGUCUCCUCGAAAAGGCGGUACUCGAUGCGAAGAUGGGAGGCCGUCUGCUUACACGUACGCGUGUGCCGAUUCUGAAGGUGUGCGAAAACCCUACUGAUGCACUUUACACUGCCCUGAUGGACGAGCGCAAGAAGUGGGACGGUCUUUCCGAGGAAGAGCAGUACCCUCGAACUCCGCCGCCAGUAGACCCCACAGUACCGCCACCGACUUUCGAUGAGAUUGAAACGGAGAAGGCUCUGAAGGCUGCUGCAGGGCAAAGGGAGACUGCAAAGCCCAGGCGGAGGUCUAGCGUCGCGGCAGGGGAUGGCGUGACGGCAACUGAAGCAACGACUGAGGCAGCGACUGAAGCACCGACCGACGCGGCUGCACCUGUAUCGACCAUUCCAGAGGGAACCUUGCCUGCCGCAUCCAAGACAGAUUCGACUGAACCCCCCACCACGGUGUCCACCAACAAAGAGCAUCAGAACCGGCCAGAGAAGCAGUGGCAUCGUGAAAAGGUUCUUGGGCCCCUCGACUUCCCGAAGACUGGUGUUGGCAUCCAGUGCGACAUCAACUUCGCGAACCCUCUCGGCAUUCACAACACUCACAUGCUCCGCUGCUACUCCCUCACCGACCCUCGAGUUCGGCCCAUGGUCUUGUUUGUCAAGUCCUGGGCUAAGCGUCGCAAGAUCAACAGCUCUUACUCUGGCACGCUGUCAUCCUACGGUUGGGUCCUGAUGGUCCUUCACUACCUUGUCAAUGUCGCAUCACCACCAGUCUGUCCCAACCUACAACACUACCUGCCACAAGCAACAGACAUCAAUUCACUGGUUGACCGCUUUAAGGAUGCGCGGAAGAUUAGUGGUUACGAUGUCCGCUUCUGGCGCAACGAAGAGGAGAUCAUCCGAGCGGCACAAGAGGGUCGACUAACACAGAAUCGCCAGCCCCUCGCCUCGCUUCUGUGUGGCUUCUUUCGAUACUUCGCAUCACAGGGCGGUCACUACGGUCGCCAAACCAACUUCUACUGGACAUCCGAGGUGCUCUCUCUUCGCACACCCGGCGGUAUCCUCAGCAAGCAGGACAAGGGUUGGGUCAGCGCCACUACUAUCGUCACUGCAGAGAAGAAAGUCACGAACCGGUAUCUGUUCGCUAUCGAAGAUCCCUUUGAGAUCGAUCACAAUGUCGCAAGGACUGUCACACACCGCGGCAUCGUCACGAUACGUGAUGAGUUCCGUCGUGCUGGAAGGAUACUGGGUGCUGUUGGCAGGGGUAUGGAACCUGAAGGAGGGCUCUUUGACGAACUCAUCGAAGAGGCUCCAGCACCAACUGCGAAGGUUGAAGGGCCUGAGGCCAAGAUGAUCGAUCAGACGAACAUCGCACAAUGAGAGAAGUUGGUAUGCGAGCAUUGAGCAUAGAUGAGAACGCUAGACCAAUGCUCCAGUAGCCGCAACCGGCAUAUCUGCAAGCAGUAUACACUCGAGCAACUUGCGGCACAAAUACCCAGGAUCCGAUGCGAGACCGGCGCUCUUUACUGACUUUCGUUGUAUACAAUGGAAGAAAGCGGUCAGCUUGUCGGAGCCACAGC